GGUGGGGCAGAGGGCCGAGCGGGCAUUCGGGGAGGUGACGCGGGGCUACCAGGCCGACGUGAGGUAGAGACAGGCAGCGUGGAAGAAUGUGUGGGCGAACAUCCUGUCACUUACCUAGAGAUGCUCUCACAAGAGCUUGUGCUUAUCGGGAUCGGCAAGGCCAGCAGCGGCUCCCGGAGUGGAGGGACCCUGAUAAGUACUGCCCUUCUUACAACAAGAGCCCUCAGUCCAGCAGCCCGGUGCUCCUGUCUCGACUGCACUUUGAGAAGGGCUCAGACUCAUCUGAGCGUGUCAUUGCUCCCAUGAGAUGGGGCCUGGUCCCAUCUUGGUUCAAAGAAGAUGAUCCUUCCAAGCUGCAGUUCAGCACUACCAAUUGUCGUAGUGAUACCAUGAUGGAGAAACGGUCAUUCAAGGUACCUCUGGGAAAGGGAAGACGCUGUGUCGUUUUAGCAGAUGGAUUCUAUGAGUGGCAGCGAUGUCAGGGAAUAAGCCAGAAGCAGCCAUACUUCAUCUAUUUCCCCCAAAUCAAGACAGAGAAGGUAUCAUCAUCAACAAAGUGUAUAUUUGGAAAGUCAGGCAGCAUUGGUGUCAUAGACAGUCCUGAGAACUGGGAGAAAGUCUGGGACAACUGGAGGCUGCUGACAAUGGCUGGGAUCUUUGACUGCUGGGAGCCUCCAGAGGGAGGAGACCUCUUGUAUUCCUAUACCAUCAUCACAGUGGAUUCCUGCAAAGGCUUGAAUGGCAUCCACCACAGGAUGCCUGCCAUAUUAGAUGGAGAGGAGGCAGUCUCUAAAUGGCUUGACUUUGGUGAGGUCUCAACUCAGGAAGCUCUGAAGUUGAUCCACCCCACAGAAAACAUCGCCUUCCAUCCGGUCUCUCCUGUGGUGAACAACUCAAGAAACAACACUCCUGAGUGUCUGGCCCCUGUCAACUUGGUGGUCAAAAAGGAGCUCAAGGCAAGUGGCAGCAGCCAGAAGAUGUUGCAAUGGCUGGCCACAAAGUCACCCAAAAAGGAAGACCCAAAAACACCCAAGAAGGAAGAGUCAGAUGUGCCCCAGUGGUCCAGCCAGUUCCUGCAGAAGCGCCCAUUUCCCACCAAGAGAAGCAGUGCAGGACUUCUGGAGCGAUGGCUGAAGCGAGAGGAGGAGGAGGAGGAGCCUGUGGCCAAGUGGCCUCACAGCCAGUAACAUGGGACUUUCAGAGACCAUGGUCUGCUGUACUAAAUACUGUUGCUGAUAACAGUUUCUUGCAUUGUGUGUAUGUGUGUGUGUGCUUUGGGAAAAGGUGGCACAGUGCUAGUUGAUAGUUGUGGGCUCCUGGUGGAAGUUGCUAUCCUGGCCAUGACUAGGAACCCACAGUGGGGCUGAUGGGGCAGCGUUGGAAAAGGCAGGUCCUCUGCCAUCACCAGCCCCGGAGGCCCCAUGGGGUGCUGUGCUUGCUGCCCUUUCCUUGUAGGGCUGGUAGAGUUUGGAAGCCUGAUUCUGCUGGGAGAUCUCAGCCCUAACUUGGUGCUCCUAGCAAGAGGCUAUUUUCUGCUCAAGCCUCUGGUCUCUUUCUGUCUUUUAGAAUUAAGUUCUUAAAAUGUACUUUUUCUGAAUAAAUUAUAUUUGAUAAACUUCUCCCUACAUUUUGGAAAAUGAUGCUGGAGGGGAUUCUGAAUCUUAUCUGUUUUCUCCUGGUAUCAGUCAUAAGGAAUGGAUUUUGUCACAAAUGGGGCACUGGGGCUUACUGAGGGAAAAAACUACAUAAAAGCUUGAUUGAGUCUUUUCUGGGAUUGAGUCUUUUCACUCUUAAUACUUGAAAGUUGUCUAGGGUCGGCCCAUGGCUCACUUGGGAGAGUGUGGUGCUGAUAACACCAAGGCCACGGGUUCGGAUCCCUAUAUAGGGAUGGCCGGUUAGCUCACUGGGUGAGGGUGGUGCUGACAACACCAAAUCAAGGGUUAAGAUCCCCUUACCGGUCAUCUUCAAAAAAAAA